GAGUAAAAUCGGAUCACAACCUCAAGACCAUGAUUCUCUCAUUACCUAUUUGGCCGGUGCGCAAAAGUCUCCUGGAGACAAACGUAAAACCAGCUCUAAAGCCAAUCAAUUGUGGGUCCAUAUUACCAAAAGAGGUGGAAUUGUAUCGAACAAAGGACGCUAAAGUGUAUCUGGCCUCUUCAGAUGACCUCGAUGAUCGGAUUCUGGUCGAUCUCAAUGUCCCUCACCGAAAUGUCUAUUCAUACAUCUUCGAGGACGUCGACUUCCCUAAAGAAUACGACGAUCAAUACAUGGUAUUCUUAAAAAGCAUACUUAAGUAUGAGAGAGACAAAACCUUUUACGGAAUUACUCGAGGUCUGAGAGAUAAACGUUGUUUUCCUACUGUGAACAAGAAGAGGUUGAAGAAGAUUUCCGAUCUAUACGAUUUUGGAAAUUACGUUUUUUGGGCUUUGUUCUCGAACUCAGACGUCUUCCUUCACCCGGAUCUUUCCGAGUUCGCGUCGACGUUAUCAACUGUAGGAUUCAAAAAUCGGAUAGAUCAAGCAACGUUCAUCAAAUGCGCGGAGAAAAUCGAAGAAUUUCAAAAUCAACGAAACCCACCGUCUGAUUUACGCAAUCGAGGAUCUGUCCUGGUCAACUUUCUCUAUAAGAACUCCAAUAUCAUCAAGUCGGAGAGCGUUGAAAGGAUUCCGUUCGUUCCAGUUGCUCAGACAUUAGAUAAUCCUUACAGCCUAUAUUACAAACCUCCUCGAGUUCUGAACUGUUUUAAAGAGACAAUCCUUCCAAGAUACAAAGAAGUUGCGUGGAGUCAAAAGUCCUUGAUUGCAGAAGAUGUCGUACCUCCCUUGCAAAUGCUCCAAAUAUAUCCAUCACUUGGUAAGCCGGAUGCUUUUACAGUGGUCGAACAUCUCAGAUUCCUGCGCGAAAAAAUUAUGAUUGACGAAGAGUGGAAAACAAAUUGGGCGGAUACAUUUAAAUAUAAUGUCUACGAGGUUUAUAAAUGGCUUGAUGAAGAAUCUUUAAAUGAGGACAUCAAUCUGGCUCACUACAUUACUCAAAACGAACGCUUAUUCCUUAAUUUCAAUAAAAAUCUGAAUCCAUUUGAUGCCGAUAAUUGGGUUUCAGCAAAUGAUUUGGUUUUAAACAGUGAACCGGGAGAGAGGAAAUAUGUCAACCCGGAACUUGCUAAAUACUCUAACAUGCUGAAAAGCGCAAACGUUCGAGAAAUAAAGCCACCAAACGUCGAAAUAAUUGUUAGACAACACAACCAAUUGUAUUUCAACAAUAACGCCAUGUUUGAUUUCCUGCUAAAUCAGGAACAAGCUAUUCCCUUGCAUGACGUAAUUUUCAACGUAAAAGGCGAAAUGAUAGGGACCAGUCGAUAUAUGCUUGCCGCAAGCUCAAUAUUUUUUUAUCGGAAAUUCACUUCAGGAGAGUUCACCGCGGAAACAAGUCCAAUCAAUCCAACUGUGAUAAUUAUUGAUGAUGUGGAUCCAAACUCGGUGCGUAUCUUGUUGCGCUACCUGUAUGGUCAAGACAUCAACGACGCCGUUCAAGGUUUAAAUGGCAAUGACGCAGGAUCCCUGAAUAUGCUUUCAUACGUGGACCUGCUUAAAUUGGCAAAUUAUUACGAGCUGGACCAUUUGAAGGAACUGAUGGAGCUGAAGCUCUCGCGACUGGUCUUGAUGUCGAAUGUGGUAUAUUUGAAACGGUUGUCAGAAGACUUGAAAGCCAGCCAACUUGAAAAAUAUUGCAACCAAUUCAUUCUUGACCACGAAGAUUUGCGAUAA